CCAGAUUGCUUCCUCUGGCAAGAAUCUAUUUGACUCAGGAAUACAGAUGGCUGCUGAACUAGCAGAAGACAAUUUCAUCAACCUUGUGGGAAUGAAACUUAUUAACAAUACACUUUACUUUAUAGCUGAAGAUGAUGAAAACCUGGAAUCAGAUUACUUUGGCAAGCUUGACUAUAAAUGCUCAAUCAUAAGAAAUUUGAACAACCAAGUUCUCUUCAUUAACCAGGGAAAUCAUCCUGUAUUUGAGGAGAUGACUGAUUCUGAUUGUAAAGAUAAUAAAGAGCAGACCGUAUUUAGGAUACAUAUGUAUAAAGAUAGCGAUGCCAGAGGUAUGGCUGUGGCCAUCUCUGUGAAGUAUAAGAACACCUCAACUCUCUCCUGUGAGAACAAACAUCUUUCCUUUAAGGAAAUCAGUCCUCCUAAUGAGAUCAAUGAUACAAAAAGUGACAUAAUAUUCAUCCUGAAAAGUGUUCCAGGACAUGAUAAUAUGCUGCAAUUUGAGUCUUCAUCAUACAAGGGAUAUUAUCUAGCUUGUGAAAAAGAGAGACAACUUUUCAAACUCAUUUUGAAAAAAGAAGAUGAAAGGGAUAAAUCUGUAAUGUUCAUUGUUGAAAACAGUGACUAG